CAGACAAAACUGAAUAACUUUCGAAGUAUCUUAUCAACUGAGUUAUUGGAUUGGGAUUAUCAGUAUUUUUAAGAACUUACAUGCUAAUUUAUACAUGGAUUGCUGGACUUGGUGCACUAAAAGUUGGUUUUGCAGGAUGUUGCUUUUCUUUUGUUGAAGGAAUCAUGGGAAAUUGAGAAGAAUCCCAUGGCAAGCAAAGGAACACCUCUUCACGGUCCGCGCAUAAAACUUAUUGAGAAGGCACAAAAUCUCUUUGCUGAAACCAAAGAACACAUAUUUGAAUCAAAGGCUGCUGAAGAGCAUGCAAAGUUGUUGAGAAUCCAACAUGAGUUAGAGGUUUCAACAAAACAAGCAAUAUUCAUUGAUUCGAGCAUCAGUGAUACAAUUCGCACUUGUAUUAGCACGGGAAAUCAUCGAGCUGCAAUGAAAGUCAGAACUGAAUUUAAGGUGCCAGAGAAGAGGUGGUACUGGCUUAAAGCAUUGGCACUCUCUACCCGAGGAGACUGGGCUGCGCUGGAAAAAUUUUUCCAAAGAGAAGAGACCACCUGGUGGUUAUAAACCCUUUGUUGAAGCAUGCAUUGGUGCUGAUGCGAAGCUGAGGCUCUGAAGUACAUUCCAAAGCUUACAGAACCUAGGGAAAGAUCAGAGGCAUAUGCACGAAUUGGCAUGGCAAAGGAAGCUGCUGAUGCUGCAUCCCAGGCUAAAGAUAGUGAAUUUUUUGGUCGUUUGAAGCUAACUCUAGGACAGAAUGCUGGUGCAACAUCAAUCUUUGAUAGUCUCAGAGACAGAUUAUCAUUCCAAGGAGUCUACUAGUGACCAUUUGUGCGUCCAAAAAAUAUAUUGGUAUAAUUCACGCUGACAACCCAUCAUGAGUAUUGCUUGCAUGUUCAAACAGCUUGAAGAUUUUACCAUCAGUUGUGUUCUCUGAUGGGUGUAAUUCAAGAAAAUUUAAAUAAAAA